AUGAUCAAACUGGGAAUCAACGCUCGACCGCCGAUCGCUUGUAAUUUCUUCCGCACGUUCACACUCCAAAUCGACCUCACGAUCGACAUCAACAUCCAUGGCGUGCGAAUCGUCCGCGAAAAUACUCGAAUCCGCAGCGAAUCCGUAAAAACUAUCGUCUCCAUCUUCGUAAUCAGCAUCACCGUACUGCUCUCUCCCCCUCUUAGAUCCUCGGCGCUCGCUUCGUGUCGUGAACACGCACUUCCGCCGACUGUCCUCCUUCGGCGCUUCUUUCAGCUGGUUGCGGUGAGCGAGAUACGUACGACCAGCGAGGGAUAUCUGGAAAGUCUGAAAUUUUUAAAAUAAACGGAAUCACCAGGACUCAAACGAUCAACCCAAUCAACUUUCCGACUCUUCACAUGACGAUCACAAACAUCAACAACAUCUUUCUCCACGUCACGUGGCGUCAAGUGUUUACUUAAACUAUUCUUUGGAUGGAUCAAGUCCAACAGCGUCUUUGGUUUAAAACUAAACAACCUCUCGGAAGGAAACGAAGAACCAUCUUCCAAACAAGUAUUCCGAUAGCUAAACAGAAAACAUGAAACCAAAUCCUCAGUAGUCAACUUAUUCAUCUCUGGAUCCAACAACAACUUUUUCAAACCAUCCUUUGCCAGUCUAACCAUGC